UGGGGUAGCUCGCAAUGCACCAAUUUCCCUGCCCAAUGCAUUAGGCCCACGUUCUGGGGAUGCCUUAUCCUUAUUAGAUUCCUCGCUGUUUGUUUGUUAAUUGCCCAAGUGGAUCUUAAACUCAUCUUAGUACCGAUGAAUGCAAUAUUGUAUAGAAGUAGUUAAUUACAUGAACUACUUCCACCGACAAGAAAGCAAUGACAAUAUCCUUGCCUCCUCCUGCUCUGCAUCUUCCUCUUUUAGCUUUUGUCUUUAUCAUUUUCUCCUCCACUGCAGCCUCCGAUUCCAUCUAUGAAUCCUUUCUUCAAUGUCUAAAAAGCCAAUCCAACCCAUCAGAUCAUGUGCCUAACAUAGUCUACUCUCCGUCCAAUUCUUCCUACAAUUCUGUUUUACAAGCACAUAUCCGUAAUGCCCGUUUCAAUACCUCUUCCACACCAAAACCAGUAAUCAUCAUCACCCCUUUGAGGGAAUCACAUGUCUCAGCAGCCGUUAUCUGUUCCAAGAAGAUUGGCUUUCAACUCAAAAUCCGAAGCGGCGGCCAUGACUUUGAGGGCGUAUCUUAUGUAUCUGACAAACCGUUUUUCAUUCUUGACAUGUUCAAUCUACGUUCAAUAUCUGUUAAUAUGGUAGAUCAAUCGGCUUGGGUUGAAACCGGUGCCACCCUUGGAGAACUUUACUAUAGGAUUUGGGAAAAGAGCAAAGUCCACGGAUUUCCUGCAGGGGUUUGUCCCACUGUUGGCAUUGGAGGGCACAUAAGUGGUGCUGGGUAUGGUAACAUGGUGAGAAAGUAUGGUCUCUCUGUGGAUCAUGUAGUAGAUGCCAAGAUAGUUGAUGUUAACGGUCAGAUUCUUGACAGAAAAGGGAUGGGAGAGGAUAUUUUCUGGGCUAUCAGAGGCGGUGGAGGAGCCAGUUUUGGUGUAAUUUUAGCUUACAAAAUCAAGCUUGUUCCUGUUCCUGAAACUGUUACGGUUUUUGAAGUUGAAAGAACUUUGGAACAGAACGCUACUGAUGUUUUCUACAAGUGGCAAACUGUUGCUCCCAUAACAGAUAACAAUUUGUUCAUGAGGAUGCUUGUGCAGCCAGUUACUAUAAACAGGCAAAAGACGAUCAGAAUUUCGAUUUACGCAUUAUAUUUAGGGGCAGCCAAUAAUCUUGUCUCUUUGUUGGCCAAGGAUUUCCCUGAAUUGGGUCUAAAAAAAGAAAAUUGCCUGGAGAUGAGUUGGAUUGGCUCUGCUCUUUGGUGGGCUAAUUUUGACAACGGAACUUCACCCAAUGUGCUGCUUGAUAGAAACUAUUACCAUGUUAAGUUCAUAAAGAGGAAAUCAGAUUAUGUGCAGACUCCAAUAUCUAAAGAUGGAUUGGCAUGGCUUUGGAAGAGGAUGAUUGAACUGGGAGAACCGGGGUUGGUUUUCAAUCCAUAUGGAGGGAUAAUGAAUGAAAUCAAGGCCACAGAGACCCCAUUCCCUCAUCGAACCGGGAAUUUGUUUAAGAUUCAGUAUUCAAUAACCUGGAAGGAGACAGGAAUUGAGGCAGACAAAAAGUACAAAAAUCUGCUAAACAGGCUUUACAGUUACAUGACUGGCUUUGUGUCCAAGAACCCAAGAAGUGCUUAUUUGAACUAUAGGGACCUUGACAUUGGCAUCAGCGAAAAUUGGACCUACCAAGAAGGUAAAGUUUAUGGAGAGAGUUAUUUCAAUGGCAAUUUCGAGAGAUUGGUGGAUGUAAAGACAGCAGUCGAUCCUGAUAAUUUCUUCAGGAAUGAACAGAGCAUCCCCCCUCGUACAAGCAAGGCAUAGAAUAAUACAAGAAAACUUUAUAUUAUAUAAUCGUUUCGAGGAUAAUUUUUCAGCAUUUUUGAGUGCAUCCAAUGUUUCCAUAACUGCUGUUUUACUCCGCACGCCGCUCUCUCUGUCUGCCUAUGAUUGAAAUGACUGUCUUUCCAAUUAGUGAAAUAAAGCUAAGUCCCGUUUUACACGCUUGAAUUUUGAUUUUGCAAAGUGGAAACUGGUUCUUGUUUUGCUGUCUUUACCGAUAGACUGUCUGUGGUAUUGUCCUCAGAUGAUUACUUACAUGGGUUGGGGGAGGGUGCCGACUCUGAUCCUCUCCCACAGUUAAUGGCCGCGAUGUGGCCGCUAUUGUGCGGUUUUGGUUCCCUCCAAUACCGAAAUCUAUCACAAUUAGGGUGUGAAUCAAUGUUGUA